AUGGCAAGAUUGCAUCUGUGGUUCACCGGCUUCACUUUCUUGAGCUUGGUUGCAAACAUUGUGUUUCUGCUCGGAUGCGUGUCGCCCACCUUCGAGGACAUCGCCCUCUACCGAGUCAACGUAACGCUGCUGGCAGAGGGGCUUCAGAAGCAAGCGUUCAAUGACACCCGGGAUGUUGCUGAGCUUCGCCCCUCCGACCUCCCUACCUACUGGUACUGGGGACCAUCAGGGAUAUGCGACGUCUACGAGACGGAGCAUGAGGUCCGCUGUCGGCGCGCCUUACCACCCACGCAAGACCUGCUCACAAUCGUCAAGCAGUCCGUUCAGGACCGCUACGGCAGCAACGAGAAGCAGCUGGUCGACAGGAUCGUAUCCUCGUGGAAUGCUACGCUAAGCAGCCUCAGCCCCUCGGUCCUCCGAGAUACGGAAGCCAGAUUCGCCUCUCAAAGCAAAGCCAGCGUCGCCCUAGUCGUCAUCGCCAUCCCUACGAUCGUGGCGGGGGCUGUUCCCGCGUUCGAGGGAGACGAAUGGAAACGCGCAGACUUCACCUACACGGACGCGUUCGGAGCAAUGGCCCGGGCGCUGGAGAUCGAGGGAGUGACGCCGUACCCGAACUGGUCGACGGCAACGACGUACCAUAUCGAGGUGAAGUCAACCGAGGGCCCGCCCAGCAGGGUGUUCUUCGUCAGUGAGCUUCAAGUCAAAAAUAUACGCGGUCAUCACAAACGCAGCGACAAUGCUUACAUUCUUGCCCACGUGUACGACAUCGGGGGACGAGAUCAACCUGGAGUUCGAUGA